AUGCUGGCUGCAGACGCUCGUUCGCCAUCGCCGCUUGGCCGCCAUUCUGUUCUCGAUGGCCCAGGUGCCAGUGAUGUCGCAACACCCAGGAAUAAGAGCCAUGCACUUGGCGCCUAUCCCAGCCCGCUGGACGAAGUGACCGCUGUCGCUGUCGGCGGAGGCCGAGCCGCAUCAGCGCCGGUGCAUCGGCUUGCCAAGUCCCAGGACACCUCAUCAAACCUGCACGCGGGCUCCUCUGACACCACCAGCGACACCGAAUCUGGCCUUGACGAACAGCUUCCACCCUGGCGAGCCCGGCUCCAUAGGCUGCUCUAUCAGCGCAAGCAAGCGAUCCUGGGCCGCAUCCUGCACAUUCUGUUCCUGGGCGUCCUCUGGGCGUCGAUCGUGACUCUAUGCAUCUCGACGAUGCACGAAAUCAUGGCGUUCCGCCAGAGCGAGGUGGCGCUCUUCUGCAUCGACGGCGCCAUCACAGCGAUUUUCGUUGCCGAGUUCAUGAUGCACAUCCUGGCGGCUCCGACGCUCAAGAAAAUGUGGUCCUGGUUCCGGGUGAUCGAUCUCGUGGCGCUGCUCCCGUACAUUGUCGAGGUCUCGAUUGCACUCAUCACCCAGAACGACCCUAUUACGUUUUGCUAUUCGAUGAGUUCCCUCAACUUUGUGAGGAUCUUUCGGGUCCUCCGAGUCUUCAAGCUGUUCUCCAAAUCAUCCAAGCUCAAGGUGCUCGUCCAGGCGCUCUACAACUCUAGAGAUGGCAUUUUGGCUCUGUUCUAUGUCUUGCCGAUCGUGAUUCUGUUCUUUGGUACACUCGUGUACUUUGCGGAGCAGAUCGACUCUUAUAGCGUCGACGGCAUACGCUACUACCACGAUGGAUCCUCUUCGGACACUCCUGUUGUAUUCCAGUCGAUUCCGAGUACCUUUUGGUUCAUGAUGGUGACCCUGACUACCAUUACGCUCUGGGGCAAGCUGUCUGUCACCGGAGCUAUGGUAGCGUCGAUGUUCAUCGUGGCCUUUCCUCUGACUAUGAUCACGACGCAGUACUCCAUCAUCGUACGCCAGCUCAACCAGAAGAAGCACGCGGCAACACCCUGGCAUGAGACACUUGAGCGGCGCCAGGAACAACUUCUCAGUCCUGCCGAUGCCUCGACACCCAACUUAGCUGUGCCCACAUCCUUUGGUCGUCUUGAUCCCGACAAGGACUACACUCCGGUGGUUGUCGAAUACGCCUCCGAGCGAGCACAGGAAGAUUCUAGACCCCAGAAUCCCGCCGAGCCCAGAGACAGGCCGCUGGCUUGGACACUGGAGCCUGAGACAUCCGACAGCAAAGGCGUGGCGGACCGAGGCCUCGAAGCUGAAAUCGAGCUGGUCACCGUUGCAAUCCACGACCAGCCCGCUGGCAAUACGAUGUUCCAUCCGUCGAGCCAGCUGGAAUCAGUAGUCGCACGCCCGUUGGAAGCUGAUGACGCCGCCGACUUGGAACCGAUGUCAGCGGUCGAUCGAGACUCGCAAUCGAUCCAUACCAUCGCCGAUGCCGAAAUCGCAGACAAGUACGCCUUGCACUCUUCGGGAUCCAGGCUGUUCCGGCCGUUCGGCAAGUCCCAGAGCAUGUUUGGCAGUGACUUUGCCCUCUUGCCUCCAGGUAAUCUGGGCUCGCAUCUGCCUCACGCUUCGGGUCGCGAACCAGACUACCCCUGCCCGCUCUGCGUCGAGCGAUUGCUGGCGCCCAAGCUGGAUGGCGGAGAGGCACCGGACUCGGUGUAUCUACGGGUGGUCGACUGGAGCCACAAGAUCGGCGAAGGGCUGGAGGAGGACAUUCUGUUUAUGAAAAUCGCCAUCUCGAGCUCGGAGCAGUACCGCAAGCUGAUGCGAGUCCUGGCCGAGUGCUGAUGGUCACUACGGCAACGACAUGGAUCGCUUCAAUAAAUGCGCAACCGGCCAUGCUUUAGGCAGGGCAGAUAUUCGCGAUGCACUUUGCAGGCGAUCCAAUAAAUAGCGGGACACCCUUGAUUUUGAC